CAGUGGAACUGCACCGGCUCUGAUGCUCAGGCUGAUUCUCUGUGUUAGAACAAUGUUAAUCUGUGUGAGUGUUUCCUCUCCUCUCAGCCAGAUCUGAGAAUACCUCAGCAGCUUUGAGCUCCUGAAGUCUUAUUUGUGAGUGUCAGAGGGUUUUUGGAAAGAAACGCCCCAGGUGAAACUGGGACCUGUCAGCACUGGGGUUUUUGCAAUGUCUUUUGGGAGUGGAAUGAACCAAAGUGCAGAUUGUUAACAUUUUUAUCUACUUUUCAAGCUCAUUUCUGACCCUGCUCUCUGCUUCCAAUCCUUCCAUAGGAAGCAGCACAUCUCUUUUCAAGGGACGCUGCGCCUAGUCUUUGACAAUGAAGUUCAAUUUGUUCAGAAAGCCGCAAGCCAUGGCGGCCGCCGAGCCCACUGGUGCCACCACCGUGACCAUGGCCCCCACCCCGGCUGUCAUGUCAACCGUGGCAGAAACCUCGGGAGGCUCUAACAACACAGAAAUCAACAAGAAUGACAUGUUUGAGGAAAUCAAAAGCAAAUUCUUGAAUGAAAUUGAUAAAAUCCCAUUGCCUCCGUGGGCUUUGAUCGCCAUUGCUGUGGUGGCCGCUUUGCUCAUCCUCACCUGCUGCUUCUGCAUAAUCAAAAAAUGUUGCUGUAAGAAGAAGAAGAACAAGAAAGGGAAGAAGGGCAAGGAUGGUUUCAACAUGAAGAACAUGCAGGGUGGAGAGGAUGAUGAUGAUGAUGAAGGAGAGACCGGACUGACAGAGGAAGAGAAGGAAGAGGAGGAGAAAGAACAAGAAAAAUUGGGGAAGCUGCAGUAUUCAAUAGACUAUGACUUUGAGAAUACGAAGCUCACCAUCGGCAUCCUUCAAGCCGCAGACCUCAUGUCGAUGGACUCAGGCGGAACCUCAGAUCCUUACGUUAAAGUCCUGCUCCUCCCUGACAAGAAGAAGAAGUUUGACACCAAAGUGCACAAGAAAACACUGAACCCAGUCUUCAAUGAGACAUUUGUGUUCAAGGUGCCCUAUGAGGAGCUCGGUGGAAAGACGCUGUGUAUGUCUGUUUAUGACUACGAUCGAUUUUCCAAACAUGAUGUCAUUGGAGAGGUGAAGCUGCCGAUGAACACCAUUGACCUGGGGCGGCCUAUUGAGGAGUGGAGGGACCUGGAGAGCGCAGAUCAAGAGGAGCCUGAGAAACUUGGAGACAUCUGCAUCUCCCUUCGUUAUGUGCCCACUGCUGGGAAACUCACUGUCUGUAUCCUGGAGGCAAAGAACCUGAAGAAGAUGGACGCCUGCGGAUUAUCUGAUCCCUAUGUGAAAAUCCAGCUGCUGCAGGGUGGUAAGCGUCUGAAGAAAAAGAAGACUACUGUGAAGAAGAACACUUUAAAUCCAUACUACAAUGAAUCCUUCAGCUUUGAAAUCCCCUUGGAACAGAUGCAGAAAAUCUUGGUGGCAGUCACAGUGUUUGAUUAUGACAAGAUCGGUAAGAACGACGCCAUUGGAAAGAUCUUUGUGGGCAGCAAGGCGACUGGCUUAGGUCUGAAGCACUGGUCCGACAUGCUGGCUAACCCACGCCGCCCCAUCGCUCAGUGGCAUGCAUUACAACCAGAGGAGGAUAUCGAUGGUCAGCUGGCGGCCUUGAAUGCAAAGAAGUAAUGUGCUUCACCAGCCAGCUAAUGCACUAACUCAGAAAUCCAACCCCCACCCCUACUUUGCAUGAAACCCAUGACUUAACACAUGACUAUUUGUCAUGAAACCUGCUCAGCAAAAAAGAGACAUCUUAGAAUAUCUGCUCAUCCAUGGUUAAGUCGAAGAGGUCUUUCUAAGCGUCACACAUCACACAUUAGUGUAUGCUGAGAAGAGUGGCAGUGAGUUCUUUGGGUGACUGUCUCAUGAAUGAUAGACUUCGAGUCUUUCUUUCAUCUGAAGAAAUGUAACAGCUGAUUUUUAGGGUGCUGACACUGAAUGAAAGUCUCAGCGAAGACAACGCUGGAAAAAAAAAAGCGCUUUAGUUUAGUUUAUAGAGCAUGCUUUACUUACCCCCCCACUGCUCUGCAUACACCAUGCCCAGUAUUGUAUCUUGCUAAUAAGUGUGCUAUUACUUGCAAUAGAGAGUUCUAUAGUGUCGGGUUAUUUCCUGCAUAGAGUCAGUUUAAGUCUAUUAAAGCAAAAAGAUUUAAUUAAGAAGGAAUGAGGUCAAAGUCACUGAAUACAGCAAUCCAUGAUCCACAGUAUUUUAAAGAGACGUCUGCAUUUUAUCAGGUCACAUGCGAGAAGGGGGAUGCAUAGAGUUCAGCAGAACUGCAUUUGUCAGGGAUGACAUAGUCGUUUGAUGUUUGUUGCUUGUUUUGUGUUGCCAUAACGGCAUGUCUAUGCAUUUAGGUUCAACACACACUUCUGUGUCUUUAGACAGAUCUAAUGUAUGACAGGGUGCCUUUACUGAUAUGACACUUUGAUAAAUACAGUAGCAGGUUUCACUGUUUUGUUCUGGAGAGGGAACUCUUUGCAGGGUGAAUAUCAUUCAAUAGUAGUGAGGGACACUGUGAAUGUGCUAUCUGAAAUCUGUCUCGGGCUGUGUUGACCACUUGGCUGUAACAUCCUUACUCAACCUGUGGAUUAAGUAAGGAUGACAGAAGGCUAACCAAUGAUGUUGAAAACAGUUACAACUAUGCUUUUUUAAUUCUGCUGUUGCUUCUUAAAAAUAUAUACCAUUUACCUCAAUUUUCUUUUGAUAUCCAUUAAACGAUUACGUGUCCUUAUUUUGCAAAAAAUUUUUUCCAAAUAGUACAUGCAAGCAAAAUUAUAGUAAUCUAUACAUUGGGAAUUUCUGUCAAAGACAAGAUGUUUUUAUAGAGAAUUGAAUUGUGAAUUGAAUUGACAUGUAAGAUGUACACACUUUUUAAGAGAACGUCAAAAUGCAGGUUUGUAAAAUCUUAACAGGGCAAAUGCUACAUCCAACAUAAUUCUAUAUAUUGUACAUAUCUGGGAACAUUUGCUUGAACCAAAUAGAGCUGCAGAAUGGAGCAUGUAUCAUGCCUCGCAGUGUUUCAUGUUGUUUGGAUCCCUCGCUCACUCAUAGGCCACAAGCUUUGCAAACAUGGAGCCAAAGUGCUGCAACAUGGCGGUGUUACAUCACAGACAUAGCCUACUGUGUUACUGCCGUGCGCAGACAGCCCAUAUUUAUUAAAAACAUUUAGAUGGGUGAGCAGCACAACACUAAUUGGUCCGUUCACUGAACUUCUUCCUAUUGUUAACAUUAUGCAUUGCGCAAAUUUGUUAAUAGGCUACAGCAUGUAUUUACAGGAUGAUGUAAAUAGUGGCAUGUUUUAAAAAGAGGAACCAUAAUUAUAUUGUGUAUGUGUGUUUGUGUUCUGUGUCAUUUUUGAUAAUAAAAUGGAGUAAAAAAAGUAUGCUCUGACUGCAAAGUGUAUGAAUUUUUGUUGAAUGGGACUAAAUGUGUGUUUGGAAUAUCCACAGCCUUUAAUGACUCCAAUUAAAGCAGGGUUUGCUUUGUAUCAUAUGUGAAAAUCCACUUACUUUACCGCAUUAAUGCAUGACUGUCAGAUCCUCUGUCAUCCUUUGUGUGUGUGUCCUCUGUACUUUGUUCAGUGUUGCAGUAUACUCGAGCUAUGAGUCAUGUAAUUUACUGUUCAUUUGUGCUUGCACUUGUACAUAUUUCAUAAAAGGAGGAUAUUUGUCGGCUCCUUGAUUUUUGUAUUUCGGUGUACCGUAAGUGUUUCCUUCAUUUAAUUCCUGCCAGAUGGGUGUUAUAAAUGUAGAUAUAAUGGACCACUUGUAGCCCUUUUUCUUAUGGAUUUAAUUUAAUUAUGCCUCCUCAUCUUAUUGCUGUUAAAACAAUCAUGCUCAAACCUACUUUAUAACGAGUAGUUUAUGAAGCUGGUAUCUGCAUAUGAAAUAAUCCAGUUAUAAUUUAAUAUAACAACAAAUAGUUCCUCCACUGGAUUAGUUUUUGGAAUAUUACUACUGCAUAUUAUUGAUGUGGUCUUUGUAAGUAGCAACACUACGAAUUAGGCAAUCAAUAAUCUUCUCAUUACAAAUGUCACUUAUAUAUGUUAAUGUUUAACUAAUGGUUUGCAGUGGGAUGAGCUGGGUGUUGUCAUUUGUGCAUGUUCUAAAGAAUGGAUGUUAUUACCCUGAAAUUUAUGUUUCAUGAACAUUGACAGUGCUAAUGUUUCUAUACUGUAGCUAAUGAGCAGGACUGAGAAACAUACCAUAUUUACUUUUUCAAUUCCUAAGUGAUUUGUUUUCAAGUAUAAAAUGUAGAGCCAUUAUAUUUCUGUGAGGAAGCACCACGUUAAUUCCUUUUUUUUUUAAACUGUACACGCAGGUCAACCUUACCUGCUGACAGAACCACUCACGCAUCACAUUCUGCCUGUAAUUUUGUGAAUAAACAGCAUUCGAGGGCUCGAGGUUGUGUUUGUUUAUCAGUGUCCUGUUAAAGAAACCCUUUUCCUGCAAUGCAGACAACAAAAUCCCUGUCUUCCGGGGUCUCAGAAGCUGUUCCAAGCACAGAACAGACCCAAACAGUGCAGAAUAACAUUCGCAAUGCAAUACUGCCAACCCUGCUGCUUCAAAAAAGGCUCCUCUUAUGUCACAAUCUUCUUAUGUAAAUGUAGCAUCGAUUAAAGACGUCCAAAGAUCUGGUCCAAUAGGCUAGAGUUCACUAAGAAAUAACUUACCGAGCAACAUAGACAAGGGGAAUGCUUGAACUUCUUUCUUGACUCUUGUUUUUGUCUUGUUGUAGAGGUGUGUCAAUAGUUGUGCCUUUUUGUGAACUGCAUGACUUAUUUCCUUACAAGAUUCAUGUUUUUCAGCAAACAAAAGGGGAAAAAAAUACCAAAAAACUUGUACUCAUAUGUCACUCUGUGUAGAAGUAAAUUACUCAAGGAAACCAAAAUAUGGGACGUUGUCAGGACAUAUCUGUAUGUUGUCAAAAUGUAAUCAUAGGAAAUAAAGGCAUUUUAAGUA